AUGGCUUCCAUGAAAGUAACGAAGCUGGAGCUUCAGAUGAUCAGCUGUGAGAAUAUCAUCAUGAAGUUAAAAGAAACCCUUCAGGUUCUAACAAUCACCCUUCUCAGCCUCCUCCUUCCUCUCUCCUUUCUUCUCCUAGCUCGUCUCUCCACCGCUUCUUAUCUUUUGUCCCUCAAUGGUGAUUUUCCGGCGGCUGAGCCACCCUCCCUGGUCUUCUUCUCUCUCCUCCUCAAAUACAUUCCACUCAGCCCUCUUCACCUACUCGUCUCCCUUGUCUGUAUUGCUUCCCUUGUUCACACCUUGAACGAUGGGCGGAUCACUUUCCCAAGCUUCUCCGUGUCACCGGCGACCACCGUGAGACCACGUCUGUACACGGCAUGGAUUGUUCUCUGCACAUUGCAAGUGUGUGUUGGGCUAGGGAUUGAAGGGAGCAUAGGGGCAGGAAUCGUGGGUGGCGGGUUUGGUCAAGAGAGCAAUUUGAUAUGCAGGAUUGUGUUUUUCUUGGGGUUGCAUGGGACGACGGUGUACUGGUCGAGGAUGAUAGUGAAGCCGGUGGUGGAUGAUACGAUGUUUGGUUAUGAGAUGGAGGAGAGGUGGAUGGAUAGGGUGGUGAUGGGGGUUAGUUUGGGUGGAUUGUGGUGGUGGAAGUUGAGGGAUGAGGUGGAGUCCCUGGUUGGGGUGACGACGGGAGUUGGUGUUGGGGCGGUAGAGUUGCUGGGGUGGUGGUUGUAUUACGUGGUGGUGACGAUUGGGAUGGUUAGGGUGGUGAAGGGUCUCAUUUGGUUCGGCGUUAUAUUGCUUUACCGGAAGGUAGAACAGACGAGUGAUGAUGUUGAUAAUGGCUCCUCACUUAGGGUUCAAGAAAAAGUCUGA